AUGUUACACCAUUUAUUUGUUUCAGCAACUGGAUUUGACCCGACUAAACCAUUUUACAUUCCGAAUCAAUCCAUAGACCUGCUGGUUGCUCUGGGAGAAUACAACAAGAGUUGGUUGGGAGUGGAAAGGAUAGACAGUCCGGCCCCCCUCGACCUGAUCAACACCUUCACGCAUACAAGGUUGGCCUAUGUAUUAGAAGGUGACAAUCGAGAUCUUAGGUUACCUCCAACAGCUUUUAGGCAGGCUUCCGACUUUUUAAUUUCUUCUACUGAAUUCACAAUCGUUGCUAUGUUAAAACAAGUCCCUGGGAACCCCGGAACCAUCAUUUCAUUUUCGCACGGUGUUAAUAGCUCUCUAGAACUCCAAUCCAGCGGAAGACACAAUCAGCUUAGGUUAUAUUAUACAAACGGGUCCAAAGUGUACGUUGAAACGUUUCCAUACUACUUGGCCGACGACAACUGGCACAAAGUCGCUGUUUCGAUAAGCGGCUUGCAAGUCGAAGUUUUAGUAGAUUGUAGAUCGUUAUUUAAGAGGAUGUUGAAACCAGUUAUGCAGGAUAAGAGUUUCCCUAAGCCGCCGCAUCUGUGGAUUGGACAAGGGGUUAGCCAAAGUUAUUUUAAGGGUAAUUCUAGUGUGAUACUGAAAGUGCUAUAUUCGAGGCCCCCACGGUUACUCUGUGUCGUCAUGCGCACGCAUGUCGGAUUCGAUGUGGUCCCCACCUGCGGCCAAUUCGCGUCUUGUUGCAGAAUAGCCGUUCAGGGUAUUCUAGAUGAACUGAAACUAAUUCGAGGCCCCCACGGUUAUCUGUCGUCAUGCCCGCAUGUGGAUUCGAUGUGUCCCACCUGCGGCCAAUUCGUCUUGUUGCAGAAUACCGUUCAGGAGCUAACAAGGCAUCUUCAGGAACUUUCCGAAAGGUUAGUGCAAGCUGAAAGUCGUAUAACUAAAGUAGAAGAAUGUGAUUGUCAUAAAUCUUGCCAUUAUAAUGAUUCCGUUUAUGAAGAUGGAGCAAAAUGGCAAACUGGCUGUGAUUUGUGUUCGUGUGUGCAUGGUGAGGUAAAAUGUCAGCAUGUGGAAUGUCCUAAGAUAAGUUGUAAACAUCCAGUAAAUAAGAGUGGGGAAUGUUGUCCGAGUUGUUUAAAGGAAUGCAUGUUUCUUGGAGUGUUUUAUGACCAUGGGGAGGUGGUCACGAUAAAGAAGUGCACCGAAUGUGCUUGCCAUGACGGAAAUAUGAAGUGCAAUAGAAUAAAUCCAGCUACAGCGUGUCCAAAAUUAAAUUGUCCUCCCGAAGAGCAGUUCAACGUAACUGAUCAAUGUUGCAUGUUUUGUCCAGAUAUCGACGAAUGCCAACAAGAAGGCGGCCUCUACGGCCACCACUGUCACCAGAACACAAAAUGUGUCAACACUCCCGGCUCGUACGUGUGCGAAUGCCUUUCUGGCUACAGAAGGAUAGACAAGUUCAAUUGCGCUGAAUUGGACGAAUGUAGCACGGGAGAACAUAACUGUGAUGUAAAUGCCGAGUGCAUUAAUACUCAAGGAACCAUUUGUAGACAAAAAUGCCUCAACGGAGGCAUUUGUAGUAGUCCAGGCAAAUGCACGUGUCCCAAUGGCUAUACGGGCCACAGCUGCGAGCUGGACUUGGACGAAUGCGCUACUGAUACGCAUAGAUGUACAAAUACUUCAAUGUGUGUAAAUAUGAUAGGCUGGUAUUACUGUGAAUGUAAAAACGGAUAUCAGAAUCCUUCUAAAGACAAUAAUUUAGGAAUAAUUUGUAAAGAUAUUAAUGAAUGUAAUAGUGAUCUUCACACGUGCCACCCUUCAGCUCAAUGUCUAAAUACAGACGGAGGGUUUCGGUGUGAAUGUUCUCCCAACAGACCUAACUGUAAGUUAAGCUGUAUGUUCGAAGAUAGGGAAAUACCUCACGGCAUGAUCACUUCACCGAGAGACCAUCCCUGCCGAGAAUGUAAAUGUGAAAGGGGUGUUAUGACAUGCGAAUCAAUUAAGUGUCCACCGACGUUUUGUGACAACCCAGUGAAGAAUCCAGAAGAUUGCUGCGGCCAUUGUGAAGAUAACCCUUGCUCCCUGCCUACAGGGAACUCCUCGGCCUCGGGCCAAUCAUGCUCCUAUAGAGGUCGCAUCUACCAGUCGGGGUCGCAGUUUUCAGACCCCAAAGACAGUUGCACUACUUGCAAUUGUAAGGUUGGUGCCAUAUAG